GAGAGAGAGAGAGAGAGAGAGAGAGAGAGAGAGAGAGAGAGAGAGAGAGAGACACCUUAUCGGGGAGUUUAGGCUCCAAUCUCUGGGAUCAAAGCACAGUCAAUAACCAGCCUCCUCCUGAGAGUAACUGAUAUUGCAUUCCUGAAGGGAAAAAUAGUGCCUUUGGUCACCCUGUCCUUUAUCCUCUCUGACUAUACUGACAAGGACUGGAUUUGAUUAUUUAUUUAUUUUUUUGGUAGUUGCUAAGCAAAGUUAUGAGAAAUACAAUGACCAUGGUGAAGAAUGCUGAUUUUAGCCUCGGUUGUAGUAGUUGCUCCACAUUAGCCACUUUGCAGCCUCUAGACAAUGCUAAAGGGCCAUGAAAGUGUAACAUACAACACACGGGGGAGAAAAGCUCUUUCUCCUGCAGUCCAUGUUCAGGUCAGAGCCAGUCAAUGAGAAGCAAGGGAAUCUUUAAUCACGCUCAGUCUGUAAUGCAGCUCUUCAUCAUCUCUAUCGUUCUUGUUUCUCUCUUAACUCUCUUCUGGGACUUGUUUUAUUUACCAGCUAUAUUUCUACAUUGGUUUACCUUUUUUUCCUGUGUGGCUCUGUAUGUUUACCUUGUUUAGUAAAGGGUGAGGGGCAGGUAGGGAGCUUGUUCAAGGCAUAUGAGGAACAGAACCAGUGCUCAUCGGCCUCUACCGUUAAUCUCCGACUGAAGUGUUCAGAGAGAGUAACUCAUGCGCUGCUCUGCAAUGGCAGAAACAACACUUUCUGCUCAUAUAUUAGCAUAGAGCCCACAGCUGUAGAUGACAGAUAAGAGCUUAGCAGAGGGUUCUCACCUCAAUAUUGCCCUUUUUCUGUCCUUCCUUUUAAUCAGUUUUCCUUGUUGAUGUUGGAAGAUAUAUUUAAGAGAAUCAUUUCAUUUGUAUUCUUGCCAGAGGCAACAUCUGUCACCAAGGCACUGCAUUGAGCCAGGGACCAAGCAUCCUAUAGUUUGAACAAUUACAUCAAGUAACAAUAUCAUAUAAAGCCCAUGUAAAAUGUAUAUCUUCUGUAUAUCCUUCGGUUUCUUCUCUUUUAGCUCUGUUUUGGUCUCUACCAACUAUUCAGAUGCUAAAUGUUUCAAGAGCAGUUAGAGUACAGUGAGCUUUUAGAGCUUUUUCAGCAGUGACAGUGAACCCAAACAGAUUUAGGUGAAAGUUCUCUGUAAGUUCAUCAUUAUGAGCGAACCCUGGCAUAUUGUCAAGUUGUUUUCACAAUGUCAUUUGAUUGUUAUAUGAAAAUAUCUAUUGUUGAAAACACACAUUUUAAACCUACAUUAAUAAGUGAUGUUGCUAAAUGAUGAAAUGAGUCCGUUAGAUUUAGGAUUAUCCCUAAACUACAGCUUUUACUUGAAUAAUAAUAUUACAAUAAUACAUUUUAUUUAUAUAGCGCUUUUCAAAAUUCUCAAAGACACUUUACAAACAUUAAAAUCAUCAUAAAAAAGCUAAACAUUAACUUUCAGGUUGGAAAAGGUAUGAAGUUAUGAAACAGUAUGACAUACAGUAUAUAUUCUGUAUCAGCUCUUCAUUGAAGCCUCUUCAUAUUUACACUGAAUUAAGUAUUUAAACACAAGACUCCAUGUUUUAAUGACGUGGAGAGUGGAAAUAUAAACUUGUGCAUCAUUUUAUGUUUCCCAUUAUUCACCCUGACAUCUUCGGGAGUUUUGGGGUUGUCACUAGAAUUUAAUAAAUAAAGUUCUGUCGGUUCAAUCAAAGCUUUCCUGCUCAGAUUGAGUUUGCACACACUGGUCCAAUGACGUGUCAGUAGGGUAGAAGAAGUUGGAGUGUGUGAUUAUUAGUACGGAGGUAGUUUUCACUCUUCUCCUUUUUGUUUAGUAUGAAUUUGCAUUAUUUGUUCCUCAUCUGAAAAGUCCAGUCAGAUUCUAAGAAUUUGAAUGUGGUAAAAGCCUUUUCACAACCAACAUGCUGUUCCUGCUCAUAUGUUUGCACACUGUCAAUGUUGACUGAUGACUUCAAUAGUAAAGUACAGACUUUCAUUUAGCUUCCCUCUGCCUUUACCACUCCUUUCUCCUUAUCUUUUUGUUUACUGUUCAGUCCACACCAUAUAAAGUAAACAUGUACUUUAUGUGCCGUCUGCAGCAACACGCCUGUUUUGUUGGCUACAUACCUCAUGUGCUUGCUGCAGCUUUUACUCCUGUCAUUUCACUUAGAGAAUUGCUAUGAGAAGGCUGAGAUUGUGCAGUGUUGAUGAACAAAUUGGUUGUCAAGGAACAUCGACAGCAUUGCCACAUCCUUAUUUGCAUUUGAGAACGUAAUAUCUCUAGUUUUUCACUUUUCUCCAGUAUUUUUAUGGAAGCAUACGAGUCAACAGCUCGUUGUUUGUUUGUUGUUUGUAUGAAGGUUUCUGAGUAUAACUGUCUCCAUUCACAUAGAGAAGAGUAAUUCAUUUGCCUCUCUUUAAAGAAAAACUGGUCCGGCUUCGCCUUAAAGAUGUAGCGAAUUUUAAAAACUGUAAGAUUAGUUGAACGUGCUCAAUCCCGCACUAGUUUUUGAUGAACCAGUUAUUGUAGAUUUUAAUAAAACAACCAUGUUACACUUCCUAUGCUGCUCCUUCAACAGCACUACUCGUGUUACAUUCCUCCAGCGCUAAAUAAAUUAGAAUGAAAUGCUGCCUCGAUCUUCCUCAAGCUCUUUUUUUGAAAGGCACAAGAAGUCAAAGCAUCAUUCAAGAUAUCUUCCUCUGCUUGUCAUUGAGAGGGAAAGGAAAUGGGAGGAAUGGUUUAAUGUACAAUAAUCACUGGUUCCUCUGGGUAUUGAUUGGACUCGGAGCCUCCCUCCCAUCUUUCCUGUCCAGGAAUAGAAUAUCGUACCAUCAUAAAGAUCAGUUAAUCCACAGCCAUCCGACUGACUGACUCACUCCGACAGUAUCUUUUCUCUAAAUUCACUCGUUAUUAUCCUUUCCUCUUCUAUUGCCAUAGUACCCAGCAUCAUUUCUGGCAUGACUAGAAAUAGUUUGCCUGAUGCUUGAUUGGAUCAGUGGCUGAUUAUCUAACGUUUGUAAUUAUGAAUGACCUCCUGAAAACUAGAUCCCCUCAAUUUUAAAGAAAGCAAUCUAAUUUAUAUAUUUAUUUCCCAUAAUUCAAUUAACUUUCACAAGAUAGACGUACUACAACUUUCCUAGACAACAGGUUGCUAGGUAUGAGUCCGCUACAGUUAGUGAGAUGCACAGUAACAGGGCUACAUCAGACGCUAAUGCCCAUUGUUAAAGCUCCUUAAAAAUGUAAAAACCCCUGUUUCCCAUCUUUAUCUUAAGCUAAGCCAACCAGCUGAUGGCUCCAGCUCUAUAUUGAACCCACAGAUAUGAGAGCAUUAUUGAUCUUCACAUCUAACUCUCUGCAAGAAAACAACAAUUUCUUAAGGACUAUAAUAUCAAUUCCAUCUUAAUUGUAUUUUUUUUCCAGGUAUUUGGCCAUGUUGUUGUGCUGCAGGGAUCCUUAACCCGCUCCACACAACACAGAAAUGACCACUAGCACAUGUUUGCAUUGUUGCUGUGUGUGUAAUCCUUGUCCCUUCAUUCUGUGUGUUAAUCAGAAAAUCCUUCCUUCACUUUGGCAGUUGUCCACUACUCAACAAGGAGGUCUUUUUGCUCCACAAAGGCUGCUAUUCACCCCAACUAUAUUCAUCAUCACCACUCGCUUAUUCAUAAUUCGUAAUCCCCCCCCUUGACAAUGCUCAAUUCAGCCAGUUAGAUAACCAGCCUGUGGUUGUCUGAGGGAGAAGUCUGCAUCAACUGGGCAGUGUUGAAUCCCUAUUCAACACUGGCUUCUGUUCAUGAUUGUUAACCGACUGAAUAGUAGACUACAUCAAUUUGCUCAUUUAACACUACCUUCACAGCAGAUAUGACAGCUCGUUCCCUGCUUCUUCACUGAGGUGCUGUAGCUCACCCAAAUUAACCAGCUAACCCAGAAAGACCCACCACAGAGAGUAGGAAAUGAAGGCAGCAAAUUAAGAGAAAGAGAGAAAGAAGAUGGGAUGGGGGAAAAGUGAUACUUCAACUAUUCUGCUGUGUGAGCACUGUGGCUCUUUCCUGGUCUUCUCUUGUCCUUCUCUUGGCCUGCAGCCACGGGCGGCUCCAGUAUCACAUGUAAUCAUUGUUAUUUUGAGGCCAAGGACGAGUCCCUAUUAUCCUCCAUGCGCCUGUUAAUGAGGAAACCAGAGUUCUGACAUCCACCAGCAUUGACAUCUUCAUCCCAUUUGUCACAAAGGUGGAACAGACACCUCCUAUCGCCCUCUGAAGAAAGACGGCCCUAAUCUCAAUUACAUCAUAUACAAGUUAUUUUGUCUAAGAGCAGGUUUCUCUGGUGAUGGUAGCAGCGUGGUUCUGGGAAUGACUGAAAUUAUCUCAUCAAUGAAUGGAUUGCCAUUCAUGAGGCCUACUGACCUUUUGUCUUUUCAUAAACCAUAAGAUUAACAUUUUAGUUUUUUAGUGAAAUGUCUCGACAACUAUUAUUUGGCACAAGACAUUUAUGUUCUCAGGAUUAAUUGUAAUAAUUUGAUGAUCCCUUUGACUUUUCAUCUAAUGCCAACAUCACUUUUAAUUUCUCCAAUACUUUGGUCGAGCUCAGCUAUAAUUUGUGUUUAUGCAUCUGAGCAUCCGAGUGGUAAAAAAUCAUUACACCAUCCUCCGUCUUGUCUUUCUGAGUCGGAGAUAUAAGGACAGCUAUGAUAUCUCCUACUUGGUGACUAUAGAACUACAGAAUCAUUAAUAAACCACUGGCAACAUAGCUACAAAGCCCCCAUAAUCGUUAUAUCUAAUAAGAUCAUUCAGCUAAUAAGAGCUAAAGACCGUUUUGUAUUUGGUUUCACUUGUUAACAGAAAUUAAGCUUUUGUAAAAAACACUGUUGUGUUGGUGCUUUGCCACUGAGGCAUCUGCACUUCGUUAACUCAGGUUUAUUUCUAUCACCAUCAAGCAUCGCCCAUCUUCUUUCCCUCUGCCCAGUUUGAAGGCAUCAUCCACAGGAGCUACAUGUCCACGAUGAUGUCAAAUACCUCUUGAGACAGCCUGGGUGAGAGGAAAGGCAGGAGAGCUGAGAGAGAGAUAAAAAGAAAGCAUGGAGAGAAGGAGGGACUGAGAGAUUCUGCCCAGUGGGGCUAAGCAAGAGGAUUUGGAUGAGAGAAAGAGGCAGGGAUGAUAGCAACAAAAAGAUAUAGAGAGUAGGGAGAGAGAGUGAGAGGUCCACGGUGUAGAAGAGGGGAGCAGACUUAGGUGAAAGAAAGCAAAAAAAAGCCAUGUGGAGUGCUCUGCUGCAAAGGGAAGAGGGGGCUUUCAUAUAUUCUAAAACACAUCUGUGUGUGCAGCUGCCAGUGAAAAUGAGAGAUGCAAUGUGGAAUUGGAAGUGUUUGUCUAUUUGGUGCCAAAAUGUAUGCAGACUGUGUACCUUGCAUUGGGAGGGUGCAGGUGGCCGUUGCGACAAGCUGGAGAGCGAUUCAGUGUUUGGAAGUUGGAGAAAGCGGGAGGGAGCGAAAAGUGGGAGAAGGAGACAGGGACAGAUAAAGGGAAAGGUGGGUUAUGGUUUGCUUUUUUUUCUCUCAAGACAUGUCGGCUGCAGUUGCAGAAUCCACAGCUUGAUUCCCAUAAUCUUCACAGGUGGAAUGGUCUGAUUUGAUAUUUAUUUCACACAUUUUAGCUGCAUGAUUUGAUGACUCAGUAUGCAUGUCGUCGUUGAACCUUUAUAUGUACAGUGAUGUGAUGUUUUCUGUUUGUUUUUUGUGUGUGUGUGUGUGUUUUACCGUCUGUAUUUUCCUCUCUGUGUGCUGUGUGUGUGUUUUGGGAGUUAGGAACCGGUUUAAAAGGGCACUCUCUGUCGUCUGUCGGUGGCUGUAUGACUGGGUGUGGACUCUGUACAGGAUGGCGAUAUACAGAGUCAAGGCUGGAAAUUAUUCUAAUUAGGGAAAUUGUUGGGUGAUUGAACUUGAUUAGGCUCUCUGUCCCACUUACUGAUGUAAUCGUUCUAAUAGGGUCAUUUGUUGCAUUCACACACUCAGUAGUUGUGAUAAUGGAAAUGUUUUCUUGCCGACUUGUUUUUUCCAGCUACAUUCCCUCCUUGUCUGCGGAGUUCAGUCAGUAUGUCUGGCUUUUAUUACAUUACAUCUGUUUGCGUCUCUCUAUCUGCCUCUCUGUUAGACUGGCUCGAUAAGAGUCCAAAUGACUCGCUGCUGAAAAGAUAGAAAUCCUGUUCUAGUCUCCAGCCUUCCAGGAAAUACACACUGUUGCCAGGCAUAUUUAGAAGAGGCAUUUGUUUCUAGAGGUGCAUUUGAAAGUACAAAUCCUCAGCAUCACGUCAGUGCGGUAAAUUUACACUGCAGGCCUCAGAAACUGAGAAAGGGGGAACAUUUUGUCUCUUAAAUGAUUCCAGCUGUUUGUAUGCAAUAAGGUGCCACUGUUAACAGCUGGCCCAUGAUAGGCAGCAAAGCGAAAGUAUUUUAGUUUAUUUUUAUAUGAUGUCAACCCAAAUUAAAGUACAAAUCUAUUCCACACACUGCUUUUGUGUUCUCUUUUUUUGUUUCACGUUAAUGCUAUGUGUACAAUUACUAAGAAAGGCAUUUCUCAGGUAAAGUGAUCACCUGAUUACUCCUGUAAUUAUACACCAUCGGUGGUGACUCAGCAAAUAUCUUGCAUACUUAGUUAAACAAACAAGUGAUGCUCAGUCUAAAUCCAGACAGUGAUAAUAGAGUGGCUCUCAAGUAUAAUAUUUCAUAAAGAACUAGAUGCAUAAUGAUAAAUUCCAAUAUCUUACUGUUAUUAUCCUAUUACUGCUAAUACCAUGUGUGGUUCCCGGGGGAAAAAAUCCUCUAAUCUGUUGAAAGUCAUGUGUUUUACAUCUACAACAGCGUGUUAGGAACAAAUGUACAGUGUGAAGAAGCUGCAGUAAUAUAUGAGUGGCCCCUAUGCAAAACACUAAAGCAAUUACUGCUUAUCGCUGAAGUGAUUUUCAGAAAAAACAAGAAGCUUGCAGGUCUAUAUGUCUGCUGCUCCUCCCAGAGCAUCGCUGCUUUUUCUAUAUGAAGUUUUAUAUAAAAUAUUUAUAUGAUCAUGUUUACAAAUAAAUGCAUCAUCUUCUUCGUACCUUUAUCAAAAAGUCAAAUUUAUUUUGAUAUUCAAGUUAUUGCUCAAACACCUGAUGCUUUAUCUAUAUCCCCACAGUCAAGGCCACAUACAGUUCACCAUUUUAUUGAAGCUAAUACAGUGGGACAAAGCAUGUUGACUGAAAUUACUUCAUAAAUAAUCUAUCUAAUAAACUAUAACAUUCUUUUGACCCGACCCAAAGAUUUGUUCCAGCUGCUUAAAGAUUGACCCCCUAACUUAACCCCCAUUGAGUGAGUAAAAUCUUCCAUGUUGACCUCGUUGCACAAAACACCUAUAAUUAAGAUUUUCCUUAAAGUCUGAGUUUCCUUGAUUUUAAAUCGUUGAACAAAACACCCUUAGGUUUUUGCCUUAAGAUUCCCUUAAAAUGUCUAAGUAUUGAAGUAAUUAAUGUCUUAUACGUAAGGAGUGGCUUAAACUUUGUUAAAUUGUUGCACAAAAAACCGUAGAAACCAAAAUAAGAAAUACAAAUCUUAAGGUAGGCCUAAAUCUGAAAAUCUAAACGAAAUAUGAUUCAUGGUGAUACAUGAAAAAAAAUGAACGCAUCCCAAGAAGAGUGUUUCACGGCCGGUAGAACCCAAUAGAUACGCUUAACAAUGUUGACUUCACACCACAGAUUUGAUUUACAGUUAAUUCAGGGUUUUUUCGGCCGUCUUGGAUCACUCAGCUAUUCCACAGCUGUGCUCUUCCUGCCCGUUUGCAAUUAAUGAUUGCUCUACUAUGUUUCUAUGCUAGGGCGUCUUUCCAGUCAGUAGGCUGGCAUUUCAUGUCAACGGUGUGCCGCGUCAUUCAGCUAGUUGCAAACGCCCGUAACCGUCUGCUGAACAACAGUUUCCAUCAAAACAAGAGGAGGAUGAGAUAAUGGCCCCACAUUCGUUGUUUUCUGUUUAUUUGUGGAUCAAACUAACUCUUUGAUAUAUGCUUUAAUUUAUUGUAUUCCUCCAGAAGGAUCAUAUUUCCUUAAUCUGACCAAUUUGGUUUUCUUGUUUUCUUUCCUCAUGCCAUUUUUUUUUUAAAACUAUCUAUAGUAAAAUGGUAUCCAUGGAAACUGUUGACUAUUAUCGCUAUAAAAUCUCAAUGCAGUGAAUUCCUUAACUAAGGAAAUCUUUUAAGGGGUUCUGUGCAACACCCUUAAGUAAGAAAUUAAGCCUUUAGCAUCACAUUUAUGGAUAAAACUUAAGGUGUUUUGUGCUACCAGCCGCUGAGAGUUAUCAGAAAAGUCACAAAAGUAGCGAGGACAGACUGUGCAUCAUAAAGUCUUUCCUUUAGUGUCUGUGACCUUCACUUCUUAGUGCUUCACCUGAGUUUCUAAUAAUCUAGCACUUUAUAUCUCCGGCUCACACACAUGCAAAUCGACAAAUACCUGUGUGCACACACUAACAGAUAAACACCCCACAGAAAUGCUUCCGAGAGCAACGCAGACCACAGAAAGACACCCUGCUUGUUAUUACUGCCUGGCUGCUGUCUGAUAAGUGCCAGCCCCGUAACAGUCGUCGUGCGGUGAAGGCCGUGAGUAAUACAAGCUUUAUAUGUAUCACUGCUCGUUCUGGGCCAACGUGCUCAACGGUGCCCUGCCCUGGUUUCUGUUACGGGGCCAAAAGGGGUUUUCAAACUCAGAAAUUAUUUCAUUUUGCGUAACUGCUAUAUUAUAUACAGAUUCCCCUACUCGGCUGUAAUAAAAAUAUUUAGAAAACUUGGUGCAAUUUUUAAUGAUUUUAAACUUUGUACUCAGCAUUAACUCUAACCAUUGGAAUGCAAAUGUUUUUCAGUGUAAAAUCUGCACGUGCACAUUAUCUGUAGCACUCAGUCUAUUCCAGAACACUGAUGAGGUAAAACUAGGGUAACAGCCAUCAAUGCUAAUUGAUUACCUGCGUUAAAUCAAUCAUUGAAGGGGGAGAUGGGGAUAAUGAGAAGCAAAUGAGUUGCAAAAAAAACGAUUAAGGAGGUACUUUACCCAUGAAACAUGCGUUUUCACUGGGGUAACGUGUACUUGAUGUACUGGAGGUAUUUUUACUCAUUUUUUCAAAAUGAGUAAAAUGAGAUUUUCAAAUCAAGACGGUGAGGAUAUUUUGUGUAUUCAGUGAACUGCAUGUAGUUAAAUCAAUAUUUUAUUAUCGACAAUGUAUCGCAUCACUAUAUUUAUGUGAAAGGGGUCUCUCGCAGUUACUAACUACAUAUUAUCACCUGACUGCAGUUUCCCUCAGCACUACAAAGCUAUAUAGCUUCUUUCAGCUCAUUGUUUUGGUUUCCGGGCCCACAGUUUACAUUACUGUUUUGGUUCAGUCCUUCUAUUCUCAUCAGCAUCAUUUUCAGCUUCCUGCUCAGAACCAAACUGACAGAAGAAAUACAUUUCCCUCAGGAGCUGGUGGAGACCAAAACAGAGCUAAAAAGCAGAGUGAAUAUCUCACUUUUAUUAAUCAGGUGGCCACAAACACAUCAUUGAUUGCCAAAGUUUUACUUAACAGUGACCCUGAAAACCCUUUCUGAUCUUGCUAAUAAACAGCCUAAUGCUCUGCUCAACUGGCCAUCGUUUUAUGUGUGACAACAACCUUUUCCAUGCCAGCUGAGAGGUGGUUUGGUUGCGUGGUGCAAAAACACACUUUUACACAGGCAGACACGUAUCUGUCAGACUGGCCUGGACUGAGCAGUGAAGCCUUGGUGGCUGUGUAAGAAUCAAUGUCUAUCUUCAACCAAAUACAAACACACAAAUGCAUGCAAACCAUCUGAACACAUGCUCAGUAUUGGGGCUUGUAAACUGAAGCAUUGUUGAAGUGGUGAAAACCAAUCUAUUGGCUGUACCAGGAGUGUGUGUGUGUGUGUGUGUGUGUGUGUGUGUCUGCUGUGUGCGUUGCCCUCAGCGAUGAAUACAGGACUCGAUUAGAAUUUCUGUCAUGUCGCACCACUGCCUGCAGCAUUUCAUCUAAAGCACAGCGGAGCGGGCAGUCAGAUUUCAGUAUCUAGGAGUACCACUCGAGAUUAAAUAGUCAGAAAUACCUUGCGCCGUUUCCUUUUCAGACCCGUUGUGAUGUUUGAAAAUGUUCUUCAGAGGGGAAGAGCGUUGUGGAACCAGAUUAAGUUGUCACAACCUCUUUAUAAGUUGUUUGGAAAGCGGCUGCUGCAGGCCGGGAGACACAUCAUGUCUCAUAAGUCUUGGAUGAAAACGGUGCCCACGGAGAACUGUGAUGUCCUCAUGACAUUUGCAGACACUACAGAUGACCACACGUUGCUAUGGCUACUGAACCACAUCCGGCUGGGAAUCCCAGAGCUCAUCAUCCAAAUACGACACCACAAGUACACGCGGGUCUACGCGUUCUUCGUCACCGCUACAUAUGAAAAUUUGUUGCGAGGUGCUGAGGAGAUGGGAUUGAGGAAAGCGGUGAAGCACGAGUUUGGCGGAGGAACACGAAACUUCUCCUGUGAGGAGGAUUACAUCUACGAGAACAUCGAGAGCGAGCUGUGUUUCUUUACUUCACAGGAGAGGCAGAUCAUCAUUAAAUACUGGCUUGACAAUCUACGGGCCAAACAUGGGGAGGUGCUUCAUAAUAUCAACUUCCUGGAGGGCCAGCCAAUUAUCCCGGAGCUGAGUGCACGAGGUGUGAUCCAGCAGAUAUUUCCUCUCCAUGAGCAGAGGAUCCUCAGUCAGCUGAUGAAGUCCUGGGUCCAGGCUGUUUGUGAGAAACAGCCUUUAGAUGAUAUCUGUGACUACUUUGGUGUGAAGAUUGCCAUGUAUUUUGCCUGGCUGGGAUUUUACACCACUUCUAUGUUAUAUCCUGCUGUGAUCGGCUUCGUGCUGUGGAUGCUCACUGAGUCAGAUCAGACGAGCCGUGACAUCUGCUGUGUGGUGUUUGCACUGUUCAACGUGGUGUGGGCCACUCUGUUUCUGGAGCGGUGGAAGAGGAGGGGGGCUGAGCUGGCAUUCAAGUGGGGAACGCUGGAUACGCCAUCUGAAUCCCUGGAGGAACCACGGCCUCAGUUCCGGGGAGUGAAGCGCUGCAGUCCCAUAACAGGUUGUGAGGAAUUCCACUAUCCUCUGUGGCGGCGGCGUGUAUUCAGGUGGCUGGUCAGCCUGCCCAUCUGUAUCCUCUGUCUCUGCUUUGUCUUCCUGGUCAUGCUCAUCUGCUUUGAGCUGCAGGAGUUUGUGAUGGGGAUCAAGGAAAUGCCUCGGCUGGCUCGCUUCAUCCCGAAAAUCAUGCUAGCUAUCACUGUGACUGCAUGUGACGAGGUGUACAGGAAAAUCGCCUGCUGGCUCAACGACAUGGAAAACUAUAGACUCCAGAGUGCCUAUGAGAAAAAUCUCAUCAUCAAAAUGGUUCUUUUUCAGUUUGUAAAUUCUUAUCUCAGCCUUUUUUACAUUGGAUUCUACCUCAAAGACAUGGAGCGUCUGAAAGAGAUGCUGGCCACUCUACUUAUUAUACGCCAGUUCCUUCAAAAUGUGAAGGAGGUGCUGCAGCCUUACCUGUAUGAGCGUCACAAGCUGGGCGAGCUCACGCUGAGAGCUGUGUGGGACCUCCUGGUCUCAGUGCUGCUGAAAUACGGCCGGCUGGCAGCUGGAAAAGCUCAGGCCUCUCCCACCGAUCAGGCCAUGCCAGGACCUGGACUGAGGGGAACCAGGCCUGGAUUGGGGCAGCUAGAUAGAAGGGAAAAGAAGUGCUUGAACGGAGGAUGCGGGGUGCCUGAUGAGGAGGAGGGAGGCGAGAAGGACGAGGCUGACAGCGGGAGGUUCAGUGAAGGAGAGACGGAGGAGGAAAGUCAGAUUGAUUGCGGUUUGAAGCUGAGGAAAGUCAGCUUCAUAGAGAAGGUGGACAGAAGACCAGUCUGCAGUGGGCCCCACAUGGACACCACUUUCCUGGAGGAAGGGAGCCCCACUAUGGUGGAAAAAGGAAUGGACCCUGCCUCUGUAUUUGAGAUGUGUGACGACGACGACGAUAAUGGCAUCCAUGAUGUGAAGGAGUCAGGUGGGGGAGCAACAGGUGUGGCUGAGGGAAUUAAUGCUGCUGCUGCCAGCGCUGCACCGCUGCCUUCUGGGUCUGAGAACAGCACAUCACUGCGCCACAGAAGAAGAGGCAAGAGCACAGAGAGACUUGAGCCGAAGACAAAAAGGGAAUCAUGGAUUGACCCCCCUGAUGUGAGAGAGAACAACGCGCUCGCUCAGGCUGAGAUGGAGAGCUGCAUGCAGACUUAUGCUGACACCUUCCAGGACUACCAAGAGAUGUUUGUCCAGUUUGGCUACGUGGUGCUCUUCUCCUCGGCCUUCCCUCUGGCUGCCAUGUGCGCUCUCAUCAACAACAUCAUUGAGAUCCGCAGUGAUGCCUUUAAGCUCUGCACCGGUCUGCAGAGGCCCUUUGGAAUGAGAGUGGAGAGCAUCGGCCAGUGGCAGACUGCGAUGGAAGCCAUGGGCUUGAUUGCUAUCAUAGUGAAUUGUUACCUGAUUGGUCAGUGUGGUCAGCUACAGCGUCUCUUCCCGUGGCUCAGCCCCGAGAUGGCCAUCAUCUCCAUCGUCAUCCUUGAGCACUUUGCCGUCCUCCUGAAGUACGUCAUCCAUGUGGCCAUCCCUGACAUUCCUACAUGGGUUCGAGAGGAGAUAGCUAAACUGGAUUAUCAGCGCAGGGAGGCCUUUAAGAAGCAUGAGCGGCAGGCGCAGCAGCAUUACCAGCAGCUGCAGAGGAGGAAGAGGGAGGAGGAGGAGAGGCAGAGGCAGGCGGAGCAUAUGGCCCGCAGGGAAAGGGAGCGGGACGACAGCAAGGGCGACUCCUCUGGGGAUCACCACCAUGACAAAAGUCACAGCAGCAAAUCACGUGCUGUGGGUGGAGGAGGAGGGGGCAGCGGGUCGGACAAACCCAAGAGGCCCAGCUCUCUGUUGGCCAGCAAUAACGUGAUGAAGCUGAAACAGAUCAUCCCGCUGCAGAGUAAGUUCUCCUCGAGUGGCGCCCGCUCCCCUCAGUCUCCCACUGGAAAUGAGCCCAAGCUGCCCGGGUUCCUGAGCUUCAAAUUCCUCAAGUCACCUGAGAAUAAGAAGGAGGGUGCUGCGGCUUCUGGGGCUGCCACCACAGCCGCUAACGCCACAGCUACAGCAUCAUCAUCAUCAGGUAGCAGCUCUCAGGAGCGUUCUCAGUCACCCAGCAAAGCCUUCAACCCUGGGAAACUAUUCAACUUUGGGAAAUCUGAGGGCGGGACGUGUGUAAACGGGGCUGCGCUGCCCAGACCCGGGGAAGGAUCAUCAUCACAGACGUCAGACAGACAACCAUCCAGAUCUGACUUGAACGGUGUUCCAGACGAGAUCCCCUCGCCUGGAGGGGAAGGGUCACAGAACGGACACGCAACAGACUCGGACCCGGCCGGCUCUAAAGUCUAGUAGCUCCAUAAAGAACAAACUUGCAGUUGGUUACAUCUCAACAGAGGAAGUGAUGUGUUUACUGUGAGGAGAGGCAUGACCUACCUUCUGUGCUAUCACAGGCUAUGUGUAGAAGUACUUGAAGAAGAGAGAGGAGAAGAUGAAACUGAUGAGAGGUGACAGUUGUGUUGGUUAGCUUUUUGGAUGAGAGACAAAAAAAAAACAGGCUCCAUAAGAAAGACGUAAGCCCUCUUAUCAUGACCGAAUAAACACACACACACGCAAACACAAAUCCUUCCUUGUCUGCAAUACAUAAAGAAAUGCAUGAGCUGCGUUUCUAAUAUUUUCAAGCCUUUAAAGCAGAGAGCUGUUUCUUGAUUUCUUCUAGUCAUAAAUUGUAAGCAUCUCGUUGGUCUCCAACUAGGACAUAACAGCCUGUUGUGGAGGAAAAAGAUUAAAAAGCUUAAACAGUAUGAAAGGAUCACAGAUUGUACAUCAAAUACCUUCGGAGAAUGUUUUUAGCCAUCACAACACAAGCGAUCAAUAGAUAUUGUCUAAUUUUAACUGUGAGGAAUUCUUGGGCCCUUCACUUAUAUAUUGAAGUGGAAAAAAAUGGAAAAGCAAUAUCAAUCAGUUUGAAUUAUUCUCAUCAAUCAUCACACAAACCCUCCCUUAAUAAGCAUCCCUGAUGUAUCACCAGCUUUAUUUUCAAAGCAGAGGUGAUGUCUGAGCUUUGAUCCCUUCUUCCCAUCCUGUGAAAGUAGCAGAUUUGCUCGAAAAGGAAGUAAAGAGCUUAGUAAGUUGAGCUUUCAUGUACCAGUAUUUUUUCCAAGAGUUUAAGUGGAAGACAGACAAAAAAAAAAAA